AUGGCGCCCCUCCCUAGCGCACAGCAGGCUUCGCAACAGGCUUCGCAACAGGCUUCGCAACAGGCUUCGCAACAGGCUUCGCAACAGGCUUCGCAACAGGCUUCGCGGGCCGCUGAACGAGCUCAGCUCACUGCCGACAACACCGCCAACAAGCUCUCGAAAUGGGUCCAAGAGAACCGAACUCUCGUCAUUGCCCUUGCUACCGGAACACUCGCCCUCGGUGGAUACUACCUCUAUUCCCGAUCCUCGUCCAAGUCGAAAGCCAAGGGAACUGUUAGUGAUAGUGAUGACGAGGAGAAGGCCGGCUCUUCCAGUGGUGCUGCUGCUGACUCGGCAAACAAGAAGAAGAAGAAAAAGGGUACAAAGAAGAAGGCUGCUGGCUCGUCUUCCACCGAAGCAUCCGCCCAACGCUCCGAUCGUCUGCCCUCCGACCCAUCAGGCCCAUUGCUCGACGAGGCUACCGACGAUCAGCUUGCCGAGUUGGCAGAAGUCGACAUCCAGAAACUCCCUCAGUCGAAGCGCGAGAGCCUGUCGCAAUACCUCAAGACGCUCGGUAACAAGGCUUACUCUAACCGUCAGUUCGAAAAGGCCAUCGGCCACUACACUAAGGCCAUUGCCGCUCAUCCUAUGGCCGUCUUCUACUCCAACCGUGCUGCCUGCUAUGCCAACUUGCAGCAGCCUGAAAAGGUCGUAGCUGACUGCGACGAGGCGCUCAAGAUGGAUAAGGUCUACGUCAAGGCUCUCAACCGUCGUGCUGUCGCUAAGGAGCAGCUUGGCAACCCCGCCGAUGGUCAGGAGGGUAUCGGCGAGCACAAGGCUCAGCUUCUUUUCGACUCGUUGGCAGACUUCACAGCCGUCGCCAUCCUCGGCCAAUUCAAGGACCAGACAGCAACCGAGAGCGUCGAGCGUGUUCUCCGCAAGCUCGCUACUGGCAAGGCACAGGACAUCCUCAAGAGCCGAGAACCCAAGCUCCCUUCUCCCACCUUUGUCACAGCUUAUCUCGAAGCUUUCCGAUCCAAGCCCAAGCCCACCUUGCCUGAGAACCCAUCGCAAGGUGACGAGACACUACUCAAGGCCUACGGUGCUUUGGAAGCCAAGAGCUACCCACACGCACUCACGCUCUUCAAUGAGGCCAUCGAGCAAGGCCUCAGCAACGAGGACCUCGAGGCAAACGCAUACAACAUGCGCGGAACCUUCAAGUUUGUCAUCGGCAACGCAAAGGAAGCUCUCGCAGACCUCGAACGCUCCACCUCGCUCCAACCUAACUAUGUUCAGUCCUGGGUUAAAAAGGCUUCCGUCCACAUGGAGCUCUCUGACAAGGAAGAAGCAUUCAAGGACUUUGACAGGGCCAUCGAAGCCAACCCUGAAGAUCCCGAUAUCUACUACCACCGAGGUCAAGUCAACUUUAUUCUCGGCGAGUUCGACUCGGCCAUCAAGGACUACGAGAAAUCCACCUCGCUCGAUGACACCUUCAUCUUCUCCCAAGUCCAAUACGCUGUCGCACACUAUAAGAACGGCAACAUUGGUCAUUCUACCGCUGCCUUCCGCAAACUCCUUCGCAACUUUGACACCUCAUCCGAAGCCUACAACUACUACGGCGAGUUGCUGCUCGAUCAGCAGAAAUUCGAGGAGGCAAUGGAAAAGUUCGACAAGGCCAUUGAGAUCGAAGGUGCCAAAAGCCGGUCUACUAACGUCCUGCCGAUGAUCAACAAGGCUUUGGCCUUGUUCCAGUGGAAACAGGAUAUCACGGCUGCUGAGGAGCUUUGCAGAAAGGCGUUGGAUAAGGAUGAAGACUGCGAUGUGGCCGUGGCGACAUUGGCACAGCUAAGCUUGCAGCAGGGUAAGAUUCAGGAUGCUAUCGAAUACUUUGAGCGUUCCGCAAAGAUCGCUAGGACUGAACCGGAGUUGAUCAAUGCAUUGACAUACGAGAACGCAUCAAGAGCUCAGUUGAAGUUUAUUCAGCAGUAUCCUGAACAGGGUGCUGCGUUGGGUCAGAUGGCUGGUAUGUUUUAG